AGUCCAGCAGCAGCAGCAGUCGGUCGCUCCUCUUCCAGCCAGGCAGUUCUAUGGCUUAAGUGCGGGUCCGGAUUUGGCAAAGCGCACGGUUUUUCCUCGUUUUUGGAACGGUUCCUUAGUUCGUGAGUGGAAAGGAUUGGUUUUUGAUUCGCGGAUUUUUCCCAAACAGUUACUGGGAUAAUCACAUCCAGAAGUCGUCGACGUGGUGCGUUUCGGUCGUUGUCGGGCGACGUGUUCAAGACAACAAAAAAAGAACUGCACAAAGCCCAUUGAAGGCUACUUGGAUGUGUGACUUUUGCGGAACAACAAGAAAUUAAUAAUUCCCAAAAAUUGCGGGCCGUGUCUUCGUGGUGAGUUAACCGAAAGAAAAAAUCCGCCAGCUUGUAGGUUGUCAUUGUGGUUGCGAUCAUCGAGCAACGGAACGCGAUCUUUCAGAAAAUAACAGAACCGAAAGAAAUAAAGUACGAUCAAGUAGUCUUCAGCAGAAUAGUGAAACCGAAAGAGGCAAUCGAUCUUUAACGAUCGCUUCGAGAUUGAGCAGCUGGUUGGCCUGGAAUAUCAACGACCUUUCAGCCGCCGACGUCGUACCUAUUCAGUGUGUGUUGGUUGGCUUCCUAUGCCGCUGUACACAUCGCGGUUGUGCUGUUGAAGUUGGGGUGCUUUGAUUCGCCGAAGAUCAGGUUUUUCCUGCUUCGCGGCAAGUGCGCGGUACUCUUCGGGAUUGUGAAAACAUACACAGAAUACGGUCACCAAGUGGGAUGAUUGUUUUGUGCAGUGACAAAAAAGAUCGUCGGAAAAUUCGUUCGACAAGUGCAACAAAGUAGGCUUUCGUAACCAAAAGAAGUUAACCGAAUCAACGAAGAAGCCGGGCUACUGUGUGUGGUGUGUGGUGACCGAAUUCCGAAUCGCGAGAGUGCGGAGAAAAAGUGCGAUCACCAGUGAAAGAUUAAAAGCGCUUACAUCCCGUCUUAGAAGGGCACUUAGCCAGGCCUAUAGGCCCCGGUUACUGUGAUGAAUCAGCGCCAGUCGAAAAGGAAAUGAGUCGUCAGCGUUGUUGAUGGCGCUUUUGCACGGAUUUUCUCCGGUUGCAGCCAAUUGAGGAUCACCUUGCAGUAGCAGAGUAUACGGCGAGAAAGACGACCACAGCGAUUACUUGGCAGGUGAAUCCGGAGCGGGAGUGAAAUUCCUACGGCACAGCAAACUCAUCAACAAGAUGACGCGACCUGCCACAAUAACAGAUCUGUUAUUUUCCGACAGGCGCCAAAUGUCGCACUCCGGCUGCUAAAUUAUCCACCAAUCGACGAAGACAGCUGCAUUCAACUGUGGAAUAAAACAUGGGAUCCAUCGAUGAUAGCGGCGGCAGCCUCAGCAAUGCACCUCACUAUUGCACCCUUCGCAUAAACAAGACCAAUUCGAGCGGGAACGCUAAUGGCCACUGCGAUGGCCAACCGGGUGAGAAAGACGCCGGUGCCAGUCGAGAAUCCGACGUCACUCGACUUGGUCAGUUCUGUACGAUCCGAGGUCCCCCCAAGGGAAGGACGCCAGCGACUAUGGGCAACACAUCCUCAGUUGCGGAAGGCGAGGACACCCGUGGUGAGCUGGACCGGAGUUUGCUGUACGAAGAAAAUAUGUGUACGUUCGAAAACAUUUGCGAGAGAAGCUUGGAAGAUCGCGGUGAAGACGUGGAAACUGGGGGUGAAGGGAUCGGAAAUUUCUGCACGCUUCGGAAGAAGCGAUCCGCAGGGCAGAAAGUGGAGGAUCAAUUAAAUGGUGAUUCUGGUGGUAGUGAUCGCGGUAAUGGGGAAGGUGGUGUGCGGGAAACAUCUCUCGUGGAAGGGGAGGCCGCGAAUCCUCCCGUCGGGAGCUACUGCACCAUGAAGAAGAAAAAGCUAAAGUUGAAUCAGAAAUUUGUGGAAAGCUUCUUGGAAGAUCCAAACGCCAAGCUUCACGACUAUCUGUCCGAGUUGGAUGCGUACUUGGAUGAGAUUGAUGGUUUAGAUUUCGAGGGGUUGUCCUCCGAUGAUGACGAAACAGUGGGGACUGAUGAAGUGGCAAAAGAAGAAAUCGUGGAAGAAAAUAAUUACGCGGUGGAAAAAGUAGAAGAAACGAGUGCUCAGCCUUCGGAUUCGUUCCGUUACAUCGAUAUUGAAAAUUUCUGCACCCUUCCGAAGAGGAAGCGGGUGCAGUUUUUGAAUGCAUUCCAGAGAGCAUGUCCUCUGCGGAGGACCAUUGCGGCCUCCGGUCAGCACAGCAGCAAUAAAGAAACCGACACCAAAUUGCGUCCGCAUCGGGCAGAAGUGAUCGCCGAAGUGGAUGAAUCAUCAUCAUCGUCAGCCGCUGCGACGGCUGCUGCCGCCGAUCGUGACUCAGUAGGCGCUGAAAAUGGAAACUCCAGAGAACGUUCACGAUCCAUCACGCAUCAAUCAGAACCUACUUCAACGGAAACUCUCGACCGUCGCCCUCGGCGCGCCUCAACAUGGCUACGCAACUCAAUGCGCAAAACUCGCCCAAUAACACUGCCAGAUCAUCAUUUCGAUCCCCCGGAAACUCCACAGAAUGCCUCCCCUGACGACAGUAUUAACGCAUCACUCAGCACUGUGUGCACAGACCUCGCCAGCAUGCCUCACCAUGAUCAGCAAGAAUCUCUCCACUCGCACGAAGACUACAACGAACUCAGCUCCAUCACGACCCUUCCCGCAUCGGAAUUGGAUCCUCCGACGCAGGAAACCAUAACCACUGAGUCCUAUCAACAGACUGAACCAUCUCCGCCGUCCACCCCACUGCCCAGUGCCCCCAUCACCGAGGAGGAUCUCAUCCCCUACUUCGUGUCGGCCUCACUCCACGAUCGAACGGUAGACCUGCCACCUCCUCCCCCGCUGGAAACGAACCUGGACAGCCCGACACAGAUGAACCGCCCACGGCAAACCGGACGACGUUCCGAGGUGCGACCCCGCGUGGUAGCGAUCACAGCCGAACGGGACGCCCUCACCAACCAGCUGAUCAUUCGAACCAGCACAAGCCCAAACCAACGAAUCGGUAGCAACGGCUCGUCGUCAUCAUUCCGCCAGCAGCAGCGCCCUAACGCACAUCACAACCAUCGCCAACAAUCGGCUCAUCACCAUCAUCAACAUCACCACCACCAUCACAAUCGAUACGGCGGGAUGGGAUCGGAAACGAGUUCCAUCGGUUCGUCGCGGAAUCCGAGCCCGGUGUCGCUGCUGUCAACGACCACGUUCAGUUCGAUUGCGUCCGAAAGGCCCCACUCAAGGCCAAGCGACGAUGGCUCAAGGCGCGGUGGCGGUGACGUAACGAGUCUGGCCAUCGGAACGGAAUCGACGAUGACGGCAGCCAACACCGGUACCAAUGCGGCCACCACUCGGAACGGGUCGCUCCACUCAACGGCGAUUACCAUCGGGAACCACGCUACAGUGGACGACGAUUCCGACUCUUCGGAUGACGAUGAAUCGGUUCCGGAAAUGGACCGAAAUGGACGGCCGAAACCGCAGUGGCCGCAUAUGCUGUCCCGGGCGAUGGCGUGCAGCUUCUGUACGCUCGGUUUGUUCAACAUGUCCCGGUUCGCCAUCUUCAGUAUUCACUUCGGUGCGAAUUUCAUCGUGCAGUUUCUAAUAUUUUCGUUCCUGUUCGGAAUUCCGAUGCUGUGGCUGCAGAUGGUGCUCGGUUCGAGGGUGCGGGGUGGACCGGUGACGAUGUGGCGAAUCAGCCCGAUCUGCAAGGGCAUUGGGAUAGCGCUGAUCCUGGCGCAAGGAUUAAUUUCACUCUACUCGGCCAUCUCACUCAGCUGGGUGCUAGUCUACUUCCGGGAUUCGUUGGUAUCCCGAAGCGAAAAAUACCGGUGGCAGGAGAUAUUCGAAAUGUAUAGAGGACCUGGAAAUCAAUCGUUCCGGCUGUCGGAUACGGUUGCGGAUUACUUCAAUGGCGUUGUGCUUCAGAGGCAUCAACUUGGUCCGGGGGUUCGCGGGACCAACGGCAUCGGAGCGGUGCGUUUCCAAUUGGCAUUCAAUUUGGCUAUCUUGUGGACUUUUGUGUUUGUGGUGUUGUGCAAAGGAAUUCGUUCGUUCGGAAAGAUAGUGAUUGGAGUGUUUAGUUGCGGCUUCAUCGGUCUCAUAGCCGUUACCUCGAAAUUUCUUUCGAUGGUUAAUUACGACAGUAUAAAAAAUGUGUUUCCCGCUACAGAUUGGGCGGACUUCUUUAUCAACUCCAAGAGUUGGAUGAGUGCAGCGCAGGAAACAUUUCUGACGUGGGGUCUGUUGGGAGUUUCGGUGUAUUCUAUAAGCUGCCGAACCAAUCGGAAGGGUGGAUCAAGGAGGAGUAAACGCGAGCUGCGACGAGAUGCCUUGCUGGUUGUGGUAGUGACGCUCACCGGGCUGAUGCUGGCUGCCGCUUUUGGAAGUGCUUGCGUGCAGAUUUUGAAUAAUCGAGGAUAUUACUACUUUCCCGGAUCGUAUGAAAACAUAGGCACGGACAUCUUCCUGCUGCCGGCAGAUCAGCCUCUGCCGCCACAGCACGCCAACAUGCCCACCAAGUGGCUCAUCCGCUACUCGAUGGUUCUUGGUGAAAGUUUCAAACGACCGUACGCCAACCCCCACCAGGAAAGUGGCUACCAGGUGCUCCGUCUGGUGACGGAACUGUUCCCCUCGACGCUGGCCGCCGCUACCCAAGAACACAUCGCCCCCAUUUGGAGUCUGCUCGGCUUCCUGACGCUGCUGAUGUUCGGACUGGGACAGCUGUGCGCCAUGUGGAAACCGAUAGCCGGUGCGAUUGGUGACUCGCCGUCAUCGAUUGUGCUCAGCUGCGUGACCGGAUUGUUUAUGGGCAUACCGCUGGCCACCGAGAGUGGCAUCACGAUCAUCCACUAUCUGGACAUGGUGCUCGGAGGAGCGUGGUGGUUGCUGCUGCUGUGGAUAGGGCAUAUUUUGGCCAUAUUUCUGGUGCGUGGGAGACCUUUGACCAGUGAUAUAUUGGUGAACGAUCUAUGGUUGGGCCAAACUUUUUCUGCAUUUAUUGCGUUCGCGUGGAACUUCCUGUUGCCGAUUGGAAUGAUCUUUUUGUGUAUCAUGGAAUAUCGUGUUUCCAACUCGAACUCGUUGUUUAACUGGAAGCAUGGAGGGUAUUGGCCAUUGUGGGCUCGACAAAUUGGCGGAUUCAUUCAGGUCGCCUUUCUAUUAUUGGUUCCUGUGGUGACGGUGAUACAAAUUUAUCGUUACCUGAGCAAGGGACCUCCGGAUAUUCUGGAUCGAUUUGAUCUUCUACUAAGGCCAACUAUGGGAUCCCGUGAUGGAACUUCGAAUGGCAACAACAGUAGAAUGCAAUAUACGCGUCGACCAGCGCCGCCACUUCCGGUGCGUACCAUCAAUUCUGGUUCGACGAUGAUUUCACUCGAAUCGAGGCCACCCCAGGACGAUGCACCGCCCAAGUAUACACCACCUCCGUCCUAUACCACGGCCACCGGUGCCAGAAUUGCAAAAAUGUUGCGUAACAGCAUCCGUCGCAGUGUACGAAGGAUCAUAGGCGAAUCGAGUGGCAACCGUCAGCGAGCUCCCAUCCCAGUGCACAGUUCUGCUAAUCCCGCUGGCGACGAACUGCCCCCUCCGGAUUACUCCACUAUUCUGUCGAACCACACGCUGCCAUCGGGUAACACUGUUUCGCUUCCCCCGUCCGGGCUUGAAAUGGGUCCUCGAGUUCUGUACAACAGCGAAACUCUUAGCGGUCGUCGCCGCCAUCGGUCGUUGACGACCGGCAACGGAACGCAACAUCAGCUUCCGCAGCAAAACCUGACCGCAAACGAUGUUUUACAAAUCCUUCGUCCGGUGACCAGCAGUCACAACAGUAACGCAAUGCCCGCCGACGAGCCGUCAUCUCUGAACCGAACGCCUUCGUUCGCCGUGGCAGCAACAGCCGCCAUCGGAUACGGUAACGUUGAUCUAGUGGUGAGAAAUUCCCUCUCGCGGCGCCAUUCGGUCGGAGGAUCAGUCGAGAACUUAGUGCUGGGAGCUGCACCCAUUGGCGAUUCCAGCAUUAUAACCCUUGCGGUGGACGAUAACGACGACGACUACGCCCGAAAUGACGCGGAACGACGCCGGAAUGGUAACGAUUCUGUGAUAUGAAAUUGAGGAAGAGUCCCCGUAGCGGGCAUUCGUAUUGUGCAUUACUGUUAGGAAACCAUAAUUACGCUUCAGGUGUUUUCAACAUAGAAUAUGAUCUACUUUGCGCUUGUAGCCGAACCCGCGAGCACAUAAUUUCGUCCUACACAUUUCACUUACUUCAAACAAAUGACUCACAAUAAUUUAUUCGUAGAUAACGCAAAAAGGAUUAAUCGCUUUCAAUUCACGCGUGAUGUAGACUAGGGUUCAGCGUAGUGUAAAUUUUGGUUGAGAUGACAUUGAAUGACGACGAUAAAUAAGUAGAAUGUAGCUUUUAGUGAUGUAAUGCAAACUUCACCCCGUCCGAUAUAAGAAUCGAUUUUGUAAUAUGAGUAU